CGGCUGUCCCCCUGAACGUCUCCUAUCUCCCUUGCACAAAAUGAACACCUCUCGGUCAUUUAUCAUUAGACUGUCCUAUGAAUGCAGGGGUGCAUUAUCUUGUUGGGAACUAACACACACUAUACAGAUAUGAAAUGUAGACAAAACUAUGAAAGGCCGAAGAGUAUUCCAGGUGUUGCUUACGGUGAUGUGUGCAUAUAUUUUGGUAACUGUAUAUGUGUACACACGGGUGUUCGAGACCGGAAGAGAAACACGAGCGGCAGACGACUACAGUUCAGUGUUGGACUAUGAAGAAGAGAGACCGGAAACCGGGCAGGCCAAAGGUGACCGGAAGUUAAAAGUUCACAGUGAUCAUGUCUUCAUCGAGUACAACGAAAAUUUUCAUCAGAAUAGUAACUACGAAAGGGGAUCAAACAAUCACACAGGGAAAUGGGAGACUUCGGAAGAAAAGACAGAAAUCAAAUAUUUUGAGGAAGAAGAAUUUGAUAAAAAGAUACGAGAAAGUGCCAAAAGACUUGGAGAAAAACUGCAACGAAAUCUUAAGAAGUUUUACUCAAGAAAUGAAACGGCACGCCAUUUAAAUUCCCAGCCCGUACGAAUAACAAAAUCUUUAAUGAAAGGUUCCAUGGACGAUGCCACUGAAAACUUUGAGAAAAAAGGGGUCAGGGCAGUGAAAAGACACAUAGAACAAACUGAGUUUGUUAGAAACCUCAAAAUUACGAUCUCUUCCGAAAGCUAUAACUUUCGAGAAAUUUUUUCAGGAAUAUAUCUUUAUUCUAGCUUUUUCGACUCUCGCGAGGAAGUCAGUUUUAUCAGGUUCAUUCUGAUUGGCAGAACGCGUAAUAGCGUAAAACUCUGGUGUCUAUUGCAAGGCAAUGACACCGAAGACGCCUUUAAAUCCGAAGUGCAGUUUUAUCCCACAUGUGAAAGCCAUAUGAAGGAUAAUGCCGUGUACCUUGCUUCCUGUGAAGUGCCUGAUGAAUUUGGUCGGGUUCGAUACAUUAAUUUGACCAACAUUGAAAAUCAGAAUCCGGGUGUUUCCAUAAAUGUCAUUUCUGACGUAUUAGACACAGGCUUUAGAUUUAGAUUUGCGACUUGUGUUCCUCCGCUUUUUGGCGACAUUAAUAUUUUGCGUUUGACCGAAUUCAUAGAACUGUCCAUACUACUGGGCACAGAACAGCUCUAUUUUUAUUACAACGGAGAACGAGAUGAUAUAUACCAGUUACUUCAAUAUUAUUCCGAGUUAGGGAUUGCUACGCAUUUACCUUGGAAUUUAUCAAUGGCGUCGCAUGAAAUUUGGUAUCAUGGACAAUCCGCCGCCAUAUGGGAUUGCAUGUACAGGAAUAUAAGAGUGUCGGAAUUGGUUUCCUUUAAUGAUAUUGAUGAAUACAUAGUGCCAAAAAAAGUUCGGACAUGGAAUGCCAUGCUGUCAGCUUUACAGAAAGUGGCGAGAGACUCCAUUUCCAAGGAGCAAGAUGUAGCUGUUUUUAGUUUUCAAAGUGCUUUCUUUGAUUCUAAUUUUGUUGACCAUGGUCCAGAGGUUAACGAUGAAUAUAGCCAGCUUUUGACGUCUAACGUCACAAUGCGAACUUCCACCAUCAGUAAAGUUAGGACUAAAAUGAUUGUUUACCCAUUAAAAGUCUUUGAGCUCGGAAUUCAUCAUUUAAGCAAACCUAUGGAUGAGAAUUUGAAGUCGGUUUCGAUUCCUGAAGAUAUUGCUUUGAUCCAUCAUUAUAGACACUGUGAAUGGAAUUAUGGGAUGAACUGUGAUAUGAUCAUCAAAGAUGACUCCAUGCAUGGGUAUAGAAAAGAACUGCUUAGCCGUGUCAGAUCGAGGCUCCAUGGGUUUAACAGAGUAGAGACUGUCUCAGAACAUAUAGUAAAACAGGGUACACAGGAUAAUGUAUCAUAAAGUGAUCAAUUGAUUGAUUGAUUGUUAAUAAC